CCAAAAGCCAACUUAAUGAAAGUAAUUAGCCUCGUGUAUCAAUUGAGUCAAAUAUCAACGCUCGCUCCGUCGGCUAAAAAAUCGAUAACAAACCAACUUCAAUUCAGCCUCUAAUUUUACUUUUACGCUGCUUGAAGCUUGAAAAGUGACCAUUAUAAAAUUUUUCUCAACUCAAAACAUUAAUCCACACAAAAAAAAUCAAAAAGUGCAUGUAAUCUGAUUUGCUUCAAAUUGAUAUAAAUGAGAUUUGCAUGCAAUUUUAAAAGUCAACCUUCAUUUUAGUUUAUUGCUGAAAUUAACGAUCACAAGCUCAGAAGAGAAACCAUCUGCAUUCUAGCAUACGAACGUGAUAUUUUUUAUUGCCUUUGCAUAGUUCUUUGAUUAGUAUUACUAAUACCCCUCAGCGGAAUUUUGGCACACGGCGGCACGUGUGUACGACACACCACGUAUUGGCUUAUAAUAAUUGAAUUGUUUAAGUAUAAAAUAACUUAAAUAUAUUCGAAUGAUUGAGCAAAUAUAUAUCUAGCGAAAAAACAUUUGAGCACAUAUUGGUUUUAGAGCAGAAUAAAUUGCAAUCAAGCCAAAAUAUCGAAUUACUCAACAAGUAUUUUUCUGGUACCUUGUCGUAAAUUACUUACAUAGUCCAAUCUUACUUUUACAUCUCGUCUGAAGCAUAUAACUAUAUUUUUCUUUGUUUUUGCUCUGAAACGGACCAAGUUGUAUUUCUGACAGCAUUAAUCAUCUAUUAUGCAAUCUCACAACUUCAUGUACGUUUUUUAAUUAUUUAUUUUUCUUCAAAAUCUAGAUCAUAACCAAUUAAUAUUCCGAUAGCAUUUGAUAUCGCACUUAUUUAACCACUCAUUUAAACGAAUUAGAUACACGGAUUGUUGAGAUAAUAUAAUCAUUUUCAUUUCACUCACCAAUCUUCAUUUCACUUAUUAAUUAUAACAAAAUCGAACAAAAACCUGUCUGAAUUUUCAGAUUUUGCUGUUGUUCUUAGCGUUCUUGUUUGCUUACAACCGAUAUCGUUCUUUUGUUUAUUAAUUCGGCCUUUCUACCUUCAUCCUUCACCUGUUGUAUUACAUUAAUCAGAGUUUGAAUAUUUGACCUUGACUGUGACUGACCUUCGAAUUAUGCUGACCUCUGAGCAGCCCAACUUACCCUCUCUCUGGUCUUUCUUCAACCCAAACAACCCACACCACCAACAAAUGAACAACAACUCAAAUUCGCAGAUGUCUUUCAACCCAGCUGCAAUGCAACACCUAACAGAGUUGUCCAACUACCCGCAGCACAUCGAGCUGGAAUUUGAAGAGUCGGUAAUUCGGAAACCAAGCAACAACAACAACAUGACUCCCUCUUCCAAUGCAGCGAACACAAUUGACGUGAUGCGUCUCAAAUCCAGCCCAGAUUCAAUCGCGGCGGCUGCUGCUGCACUCAACUCCCACCCUCCAUUCUCAGAACCAUCUUACUGCUACCUACAAUCCUCUAUCCCCCCUUCGUUAGAAGCCAUGUCAGCCGCCGCACCCCUCCCCCCGACAUGUAUGUCCCAAGUAGUGUCCUCGUCAAAUAACCCUCACUUGAGCGGGGGAGGGGCAAAUGAGGUGCUGCCACCUCAUUCGGGGGGUUCUAUGAGUCUCAUAGGGGGGAUGAAUCAUACUUCGAUGAAUAAUGCAAUCCAGCCAUUCGACUUGUCCCAAGCAUCUACUCCGCCAUUUCAGCGAUGCAGUCCAGACACUACCAGCCAGAUUCCCUCUGUCUCGGACUAUCCAGGGGAGUUCGGGUUCACCAUGAGUUAUGGCAGCUCUUCACAGAAUGUGGCCAUGUCAUCCGGAAAAGGAGCCCUAUGGACGUUCUCGGAGCAGACGCAGAAGCUGUACGUGAAGAUGGCGGCCACUUGUCCAGUCAAGUUCCAGACAGUGCACAGGGUGCCCCAGGGGUGCUACUUGCGUGCGAUGAGUGUGUUCAAACAGCCGGAACACGUGAAACAGGUGGUCACCAGGUGUCCCAAUCAUGCACAUGGACACAGCAAGGACUCCUUCAAUGAAGGACAUCCAGCGCCCAGCCACCUCAUCAGGUGUGAGCACCCGACAGCCGAGUACCAGGAGGACGCAGUCAAUGGCAGACAGUCAGUCGUAGUCCCCUUCGACUCACCCCAAGUCGGAACUGACUUCGUCGUCUUCCUCUACAACUUCAUGUGCUAUGGCUCCUGUGUCGGGGGACUCAACCGAAGACCCAUACAGGUGGUGUUCACACUGGAGCGUGAUGGUCACGUGUUAGGCAGGAGGGCAGUUGAAGUGAGGAUAUGUGCCUGCCCGAGCAGAGACAGAAAGAGCGAGGAGAACGCACUGAAUCCAAGCACACAGCAUAAAAGAGGCGAGAAACGCGGAUCGAAAUCGCUUGCGUUGCGCGACCCAAUGACAAUGGCAAUGGCAUGCAGUCCUACUUCAGCCAAGAGACGCAAGCAUGACACCACAUCUUCAGGCGAUGGAAGUGACCCUAAUUGCAGCAAUGACGUGUUCUACAUUCCAGUGAAGGGACAGUACUACUACAAUCUGGUCUCUGCUCUCUAUAAGCAACUGUGUGUGCAUAAUGGAGAUGUGGCCUUGUUUGAGGAGCUGCAAGGGAGUUUGGGAUCUACACAGUCAGCUAACAAUCAAGAUAACGAAUCAGCCCUCUCUUCUCUCAUUAAAACCGACCAUCAAAAUGAGAACCAACACAACUCCGAAGAUAACAACGCGCCACCGUCCACCCCCGCAUUGGCCGAGACACCGCCAGCCUCUCCGGGUCCACAGGACGACAACUUAGAUUUGAAUUUCGGAGAUCACGGAGAUUUCGCAGAUACAAGUGUUGCGGCUUUUUUGAACCGUAUCGGAUGUAGCUACGCGAUUGAGUGUUUCAUGUCGAGAAAUAUUUUACAUACGGGAGAGCUGGCACAUCUAGCAGAUCACGAAAUCAUUGGAAUGAAUCUUGAUGAGGUGACCCAAAGCAAAAUUCUACAAGCGAAGAGAGAUCUAGCUGCCAAUGGUAGUCUAACCAACAGUACAUACCCCUCUCAGCAGUUCAGCAAUUUCGACGACCCAGGAGAUCAAUUAAUGGUGGUUAGAACAGCGUCGAAUUCCUCCAUGACAAUCUUACCAAAUGGUGACAUGCGCCAAACUAGAUACACUCUCCAUCACUCGGUAUCCUUUCUGAAAAGCGCGGGAAACUCUUUCGAGUUGAAGAACAACUCAAGUUUGAUAUAAAGGUCACAAUCUUGGACAAACUGCAAAAAAUGAAAAAACUGUUUCGACAAUUAAAGAAGUCGAGUCGAGAUUUAACAAGUGCAACAAUCGUUUUUAUAGAAAAUAAGUUAAAAGCAAUUUUUGUGUCGCAGUAAAACUCAAAUUUAACUUUAAUGCUAAAGAUACUUAAACUUAUAGAGGUAUUUUGCAUAUGCAUUUAUAAAGUUAUGGUUUUAUUUAUAUCUUCCUUUAUUUUUUGUUUCACUUCGUUCAUUUGUCUUUCUAACUAUGAUCUCACGAAAUUAUCCAUAUCAUUUUGUGUUUUUACCCUUUGUAUCUGUGCUCAAUUUGUACAAUUUACGGUUCUUUGUGCGUUUGUUUUCUAUUUGAGAUUCGUGCGCACGC